UAUGAGCGCAGCUAAGCAUGAAAAUGUAGUUUUUAUUGUUUGAAUGACGCACAGGAGUACCCACCGUAUGCGUCACGUGACUUAUACGCGGGUUACUCAAAAUGAAUGAACCGUGUCGUGAUUCAUUCAUUUGAGUGCAUUGAUGCAUGUCAGUAUCAAAGCAGCGUCCUUAGCAACAGAAUCCAAUUCAGGCCGCUGCUUACUCUGCUGUAGUGUUGGUGUCGCAUUCCGGCAACAGCGUAUUUUAUAUACGAUAUUAAGUUCCACAUAUGGAACAUAUUAUGUUUUCCUUUUUCUUCUGUUGGUUUUUUAAUUCUUUGCUGACAGGCAUGUCGAACGCUGAAGUCUGCUACAACUGCAGAAUGCAAGGACACUGGUCCAGAGAGUGACCACUCCAUAUCGAUUAGACCUAGAGCCAGAGCUGCCCACUCACUCGACUACACCACAGGAGCUCUAAGUCAGCAUUAAAGAGGCAAACAUGUUUGACAAGUUUGUAUAUGUAUUUAGAGCUGCUGAUAGCGAUGAUGUUGAGGUACAUAGUGGCGUCAUCUCCAAAACACGCUCUCUUCCUUGGUCAUUUGGAAAAUCUUGCGAUGAUGAAAAGAAGUACUACUUUUGGCAACAAAGUAUGUUAUUCACACAUAAAUUGUCCGUGAAGUAUUCUUGCAGCAUCCAUAAAAUGGAUAAAAAAACUGUAUCUUUUGCCAGCCUUAAACUAGUACAAGGUGCAAGUAAGUCCUGGUUACCUCCCAUGUCGACUACCGAUACACCUUCUGUUGUGUUGACAACCAAAUCUGAAAACGUUCACAACAACAACGACAGCAAGAACAGCCACCUUAAAGUUCAUACAUCAAAACAAAAGUGUCCUGAACAUGUAAUGGUUUGCAGGACUUAUAAGGGACUGUUCAAACAAAAGCAAUCUCAUUGUGGUGAUUAUAAGCUGGAAGAUCCCCAAAGGUAUUUUACCUGCAAGUACUGUAACAAGCACUACAUGUCUUUGGGAGCUUUGAAGAUGCAUAUUCGAACUCACACAUUGCCAUGUAAAUGCCAAUUUUGUGACAAGUCGUUUUCAAGAGCUUGGCUGCUGAAAGGUCAUAUCCGCACUCAUACAGGGGAGAAGCCAUUUUCUUGUUCUUAUUGUCUGCGUGCGUUUGCUGAUCACUCAAACCUUCGAGCUCAUCUUCAAACUCAUUUUGACAUGAAGCGGUACAGCUGCCAGUCUUGUUCCAAGAGCUUCUCAAGAAUGUCAAUGUUGGUCAAACACCAGGAGACGGGUUGUUUGACUGAAAUCUAUCAUUCAAAUGAACUUUACAUCUAAGUUUCCCUUAUUUCAAAGGUGAAUUAUAUAGCUGGUCAUGGUAAAAAUAACUGUUGAACACCACCAAUUCAAUAUAUUGCAAGAACGUGGGAUACAGAAAUAUCAUCUUGUGUUCUUCAUCAAUGUUUCAAGGUAGUGGACACUAUUGCUAAUUACUCAAAAUAUUUUUUAGCAUAAAAAGUUACUUGGUAAUGAGUAAUG